UGACAAUAACCUAACCUCUUUCCAAAAUUCAAAAUGAAUAGAGGUUUUUCAACAUUUCGAACUUUACAACGCAAAAUAACUUCAAAUACUCUGAAAAGUAAACAGAAAAAUGCCAGUUCGAAUGAAUGGCUUUCAAGGCAACUCUCGGAUCCGUACGUGGAAAAGGCCAAACAGAUGAACUACAGAUGUCGCAGUGCCUUUAAAUUAGUGGAAAUUAAUAAUAAAUAUCAGUUUCUGAAGCCCGGACAAGUAGUUAUAGACGUAGGCGCUGCUCCAGGUUCUUGGUCGCAAGUAAUUGCCAAUAAGAUUAAUUCCAACGGUCAGGAUCAAAAUGCACCAAAAGGCAUAGCAGUUGCUAUAGACAAGCAGCAAAUUUACCCUAUAGACGGCGUAACAAUAUUUGGAAAUAUGGAUUUUACUAAACCGGAAAACCAAGAGAAAAUAACCCAUUUCUUGGAAGGCAAGCGUGCCAAUGCUGUAGUCUCCGAUAUGGCUCCCAGUGCUAGUGGAAUACGACAUUUGGAUAAUGAUAUUAUAAUAGAAUUGUGUUACAAUGUGCUUCGAUUUGCUGUAAAAGUAUCCGAGCAAAAUGCAUCUAUACUUGUAAAGUUGUGGCAAUGUGGAGAAACUAAACAAUUAGAAAACGAUAUAGCUAGAUUCUACAAAAAUGUUAAAUUAGUCAAACCUGACUCGAGUCGAUCAGAUUCCGCUGAAAUAUUUUUACUAGGAAUGGAUUUUAAAGGACUGAAAGAAAAUUAAAGAAAGCUCAA